AUGGUCUUGCAGAAACCGGCACCCCCCACACGUCAGGUGUACACGAUCUACACGGACGGUGCGUGCAGUUUCAACCACGAUCCGUCGCGUGCGAAGGCUGGGUACGGCGUGUUUUUUGGGGACGGCGACCCGCGCAACACGGCCGCGCCAUUGGCGGGGCCUGUCCAGACAAACAAUCGCGCAGAGCUGAGUGCCAUCAAGCAGGCUCUGGAAACCAUACUGGAGGAGUUUGAGUUUGGCAACGGCGAGCAGUACCAGAUUCUCACGGACUCGGAGUAUUGCGUGAAAUGUAUUUUGGUGUGGUCGAAGACGUGGCAGAAGAACGGCUGGAAAAACUCGAAAAAACAGCCUGUGGCCAACCGCGACCUGAUCGAGGCGAUCCUUGGCCUAAUAGACCGGAUUAAUGAGGAAUACGCUCGACAUGGUUUUGGCAGACUGACCGUGGACUGGGUGCGUGGGCACGCAAAUAAUCACGGCAACGAGAUGGCGGACGCUCUGGCCCGUGAGGGGGCCACCAUGGAAUGGAAGUAG